GAUGCCGGGGUUGUAGUUCCCUGAGCUCGCUCUGCUCCUUCUCACGCGGUGUAGAGAGGAGGAGAGAAGACUACAUUUCCCGGCACCCUCCGCGGCCCCGGCACUGAUCGCUGGACAGGCUGCCGAGCACAGCACGCGAAUACCCAGGGACGCUGACUGCACUGUAUGGCAUUAAGAAUGGCACCAAAGAUAACUACAGAGCUGCUGCGGCAACUGAGGCAGACCAUGCGGUCCUCCCGCAGCGUGGCGGAACCCAUCCAGGCGUACAUUGUUCCCUCUGGGGACGCACACCAGAGUGAGUACAUCGCCCCAUGUGACUGCAGACGGGAAUUUAUAUCCGGAUUCAACGGUUCCGCCGGGACAGCAAUAGUGACGGAGCAGAGCGCCGCCAUGUGGACGGAUGGACGCUACUUCCUGCAGGCUGCUCAGCAGAUGGACAGCAACUGGACGCUAAUGAAGAUGGGUUUAAAGGACACGCCCACACAGGAGGACUGGCUAAUCGGUGUGCUUCCUGAAGGCUCGCGGGUCGCUGUGGACCCCUUUAUUAUUCAAACAGACCAGUGGAAGAGUAUGUCCAUGGCAUUGAAGAACGCCGGACAUCUCCUCAUACCUGUGCAAGAAAACCUCAUAGAUGCCAUCUGGACAGACCGCCCAGAAAGGCCGUGUCGGCCGCUGAUAACAUUGGGUCUGAACUACACAGGUGUGUCGUGGCAGGAUAAGAUUGUGGCACUUCGGGCCAAGAUGGCAGAGAGAAAAACUUCAUGGAUCGUCCUGACUGCACUGGAUGAGGUUGCAUGGCUGUUUAAUCUCCGAGGCUCUGAUGUGGAGUAUAACCCGGUAUUCUUCACUUAUGCCAUUGUGGGAACAGAAGCAAUCAGGCUUUUCAUUGACGGCGAGCGUCUGGCUGACCCAGCAGUCCGGACGCACUUACAGCUGGACUCCUCUCCAGCCGCUGAGUUCAGGAUCCAGCUGGAGCCAUACGGGUCAAUACUGAGCGCCCUGCAGGGUAUCUGCGCUGGGCUCUCCCCCAAGGAGAAGGUGUGGAUUAGUGACAAGGCCAGCUACGCACUAUCUGAAGCUAUUCCCAAGACUCAAAGGUACCUGUCGCAAUACACGCCGAUAUGUCUGGCAAAGGCUGUGAAAAACUCUGCAGAGAUUGGAGGAAUGCGGAGAGCCCAUAUUAAGGACGCCGUGGCCCUCUGUGAGCUGUUCUGCUGGCUGGAGAAAGAGAUCCACAGUGACAGUAUUACAGAGAUAGGAGCUGCGGAUAAAGCAGAAGAAUUCCGAAGCCAACAACAUGACUUCAAAGAGCUCAGCUUUCCCACCAUCUCCAGUACAGGACCGAACGGGGCAAUCAUUCAUUACACACCGGAUGCUGAGACAAACAGAAAAUUGUGUGUGAAUGAAGUUUUCCUCUUGGACUCUGGUGCCCAGUACAAGGACGGUACGACAGAUGUGACCAGAACAAUGCAUUUCGGAACGCCGUCGGAAUACGAGAAGGAAUGUUUCACAUAUGUUCUGAAAGGCCACAUAGCUGUCAGCUCUGCUGUUUUCCCCAAUGGGACAAAAGGACAUCUUUUGGACUCCUUCGCUCGCUCAGCGUUAUGGGAGUCCGGACUGGAUUAUCUACACGGGACGGGUCACGGCGUGGGAUCCUUUCUUAACGUCCAUGAAGGUCCUUGCGGGAUCAGCUACAAAACGUUUGCAGAUGAACCCUUGGAAGCCGGGAUGAUUCUUUCUGAUGAGCCGGGUUAUUAUGAAGAUGGAUCAUUUGGGAUCAGGAUUGAGAAUUUAGUCCUGGUGAUCCCUGCUAAAACCAAGUACAACUUCCGAGAUCGGGGAAGUCUGACCUUCGAGCCUAUUACACUGGUUCCUGUACAGAGCAAAAUGAUCAAUGUCGACCUGCUGACACAGAAAGAGGUGGAUUGGGUGAAUGAUUACCACAAGAAGUGCCGGGAGGUGGUCGGUGGUGAGCUGGAGAAGCAAGGACGCCACGAGGCCCUCCAGUGGCUGAUACAGGAAACGCAGCCCAUUUGUAAAUCCCAUUAACCCUUUUCUAAAGUGUUUUUUUUUUUUUUUUAACCUUCAGCAUUGUCAUUUUGUACAGCUCAUGCUGGGGUUGCCUGUGCCAAGGCAUCAAGUUUGACCUCUACAGCCGGGUCUUUUUAUGUGGCAAAUUAAAUGGCGUGUUUUAACGGCUCACUGAGCGCGAGGUGCAGAUGACAAUUGAACCCGGAAUUAUGUGAUGAUUUGGAAUUUAUACAAAGAAGAAUCGCAGUACAGACAAUUAAAUGAAAGCAAAUGAU